CUUUUUUUGCUCUGAUGGAGAUUUUUUCUCGUCUCCUUUCGGCCCUGUGUUUUGCAACCCGAGACCCGGCUUCGUAUAUUAUAUUAUGCCGUUGGUCUCACCGAGCUCUGGCAGGUUCUGAUGGCCAGCAUCGUUCACACCCUCUCUCUAUAUCUAGACCGGCGCUGCAGGGCUGGCUGAGCUGAGCUUCUCUCCUGUACAUCCCACUCAAGCUCGCCACCCAACUCCCUCCGCAAUACUGCUCUCUUUAUACCGGCUAUUCCCCCCCAAUUGGUCAAGGCCGGUCAAGGCAAAAUCAAAUCGAGUCGAAUCCCGCGGCAGCAGUGCUCAGUCACGACCGCCAUCAUGCCGCCCAUCCACCAUGGCUGGAACUUCAACAUUGACCGGUUCCUCAACCCAUUCGUGCCUCCGCCGCCAUGGAAAUACAUCCCGUAUCCCGUGUCGUACUGGCUCGGAUACCGCAAGACCAAGCCCCAGGAGACUGGCAACUUGAUGCCCAUCUUCUGGGCCUUUCUGGGUGUCUUUGGCGCCAUUGCCAUGAUUGAAGCCGUCAGCAUGCAUGUGGCCUCUUUCGCACCUCACCACGUGCCUCAUAUUGUGGGCAGUUUUGGCGCUGCCGCCGUGCUCGAGUUCUAUGCAAUCGAGUCGCCCCUGGCCCAGCCGCGAAAUGCCAUCAUGGGACAAGUCCUCGCCGCCGUCAUCGGAUGCGGCGUCGGCAAGCUUUUCCUCCUCAGCGACAACUUCGAAGAAAUCAAGUGGCUCGGCGGUGCCCUUGCCUGUGCCUCAGCUACUGCCAUCAUGGCACUGACCAAGACUGUGCACCCGCCCGCUGGCGCGACAGCACUGCUGGCCGUGGUUGAUCCUACUCUCAUCCAGGUCGGGUGGUUCUUGAUUCCCGUCAUGUUGCUGGGCUGCGCUCUGAUGCUCGGCGCGGCGCUGCUCAUCAACAACAUUGAACGCCGCUUUCCUGUUUACUGGUGGACCCCUGAUAAUUUGCGACAACCCAACUCCCUCUUUCGCCGUCGGCACUCUGUAACCGAGGCGUCUGAAGCCGGCAGGGACGAGUCUAAGCCAGAGGAAUCGAGCGAGAGAUACACCUCAGACCUGGAAUCCCCUACCGAGAGAGAAGCCACGAGGGAAGACAUUGAACACGCUGCCGACAUCAUCAUCAAACCAGGACAGGUUAUCGUUCCCGAACACGUCUAUCUCACGCAGGAAGAGGAGCAAUACCUAGAAACACUAUGCAAACGGCUCUAACCGGAUUCUACGUCCAUACUGUAUAUCACAAACUAUCCAUCACAUUGGCGUUAUUUUGGAGACAUUGGGUGCAUUUUUUUUUAGCCGGCGAAUAACGUAUAUUGAGCAUUCGGCAUGGUUUGUUUACUUUAUUCUAAUACAAUACACAGCAUAUACGUGGGAUACAAAACUAAACGCGACAAUGGAUGGAAUUACGAGAUACCAUUUCUACUCAAAAUAUAAUACAUAAACUUU